GUGACUAAUUUCGUGGCGUACUGGCUGCUUUCAUAGCAGCUCAGUGUUGUGCGCCAUAGUGUGAGGAACGGACGCGUAUAGCGGCCGUUAGGUUGCUAACCCAUUUAGCAACAUUAUCUCUGGUCGUUUCUAUGAUAUAAAAUCUUUGAAAUGACCAUCAUACUAUUUCUUGUCGAUACGAGUUCGUCGAUGAAUCAAAGAACUUAUUUGGGGACUUCAUUGAUUGACAUUGCUAAAGCUUCCGUUGAGACAUUUAUGAAGAUCAGAUCCCGAGACAUGAACAGCAGAUGGGAUCGCUACAUGCUCCUCACAUUUGAAGACCCGCCUGCAAAUAUCAAGGCUGGUUGGAAGGAAAGUCAUGCCACAUUUAUUACUGAGUUGAAGAAUUUAAAAGCUGGAGGCCUGACCAGUAUGGGGCCAUCACUGAAACAUGGAUUUGACUUGUUAAAUGUCAAUAGAAUGCAAUCUGGAAUCGAUACGUAUGGACAGGGAAGAUGUCCAUAUUAUUUAGAGCCUGCAGUGAUUAUAACAAUAACAGAUGGAGGAAAACUGACCACAAACGGGGGUGUGCAAUAUGAGUUAAAUUUACCCAUGAACACAGUAGUUCCAGGAUCAGAACUUACCAAAGAACCUUUCAGAUGGGAUCAGAGAAUAUUUGGUCUGGUACUAAAAUUACCAGGGAACUUUCCAGUAGAAGCUCCUUAUGUAAACCAGUUUAUUCCAUCGGCUGAUAACCAUCCACUAGAUGCAAUGUGUGAAGUUACAGGAGGUCGUUCCUAUGCAAUAUAUACUCAGAAGAUGCUUCAUGCUUCACUUGAAAGUUUAGUUCAGAAAGUUCAAACCGGUGUUGUAAUUAAUUUUGAAAAGAUUGGUCCUGACCCAGCUCCAAUGACUGAAGGUAAAAUGGAAAUUGAAAAUGAAACAAAAGAAAACCAAGACAUCAACAGACCAAUUGUAAUUGUUGAUGAUGAUGUUCAGAAGAUAGUCCAACAGCAAAAUCCUCAACAACCACCACUAUUAAACAAUACAUCAUGGCAUAACUGUCGACGACUGAUAUAUGUACCCAGAUCUGCACAGAAAGGAUAUUCAGUUGGCCAUUGGCCAAUACCUGAGGCUUUCUGGCCUGAUCUACAGUGUUCUGCUUUACCUUCAAGAACAGCUCAACCUGUAGUCAAGUUUAACUGUACCCCUUGUGAACCAAUGGUUAUAGAAAAUUUACCUUUUGAUAAAUAUGAACUUGAACCUUCACCUUUGACACAGUUUAUAUUAGAAAGACGGAUGCCAAAUGUUUGUUGGCAGGUUUACAUCAGCAAUAGUGCCAAAUAUAGUGACACAGGUCAUCCUUUUGGUUACCUGAAAGCCAGCAGUGCUCUGACCUGUGUUAACCUGUUUGUAAUGCCAUAUAAUUAUCCUGUAUUAUUGCCCUUGUUAGAUGAACUUUUUAAAGUGCAUAAAGGAAAACCUUCACCUAAGUGGAGACAGCAGUUUGACAACUACCUCAAAACUAUGCCAUGCUAUUAUGCAGGGUCUUUACGAAGGGCGUUGACACGAAUGGGAGCUCCUAACUUGGUACCAGACAAUAUGGACAACAGUCUCAGUUACAGUGUUAUAACUUACCUCAAGAAGUUAAAAAAUCAAGCAAAAAUGGAAAUGGACAGAUUGAUUGCAGGCAUUGGUCAAAAAGUGCAGAUUAAUGAAGGAAUCAAAGUAGAGCCAAGAACAAAAACAUCUGUGUUACAAAGAAAAGAUUUCAACCAGUUGUUACAGAACUUUGGUGACAAUAUGCAGUGUUUAAAACAAGAAUUAACAGAAUACAAUACAUUUACAAUUGGUAUUCCUGACAAAGAUAUCAAACCACAGAUGUAUAGAAAUCCAUAUGACAUCCCAAGAAGUACUUUAUUAGAUCAAAUAGCCAGAAUGAGAACAAAUUAUUUACAGAAAUCCUCCAGUACAACCAAAUUAGUAGAUGAAGAUCAAGCACAUAGUAUACCUGUACAACAAAUGGGUAAUUACCAGGAUUAUCUGAAGAAACAACCGCCUCCAUUACGAGAACUUGAAAAUGCACCGGCGCGUCUUCAUACAUUUGGAAAUCCAUUUAAAGUCAAAGAAAAUUUCAAAAUGGUUGAUGAAGCUGAUGAGGCAAAUUUUGGUCAGCAAACACCAACCAGAAAAAGGCAGCAUGAAUCUCCACCUUCUUCCCCUGGUCCUCGGAAGAGAAAACCAGGUCCUCUACCAAGAGAUUUUAAAUUACAACGUUCCCCUUCACUUUCAUCAUUAGACACCCCACCUACAUCACCCAUGUCCAUAGCAUCAGAUACUUCAUCAGAAACUAGCAGUCAUGUGACCAUUGAAGAUUUGUACAGUGAUACUGAAGAUGAAGAUAGGUUGUUAAUUGUGGAAGAAUCAGAAAAAGAAGAGAAAAAUGUUAAAAAUGUGACAGUUAAUAAUAUUGAUCAUUCGACAAACAAUUUAGAAAACGGUAAUAUAAUAGAACCUGUAAAUCAUAAUAAUAACGAUGUGACAGUUUCUCCGAGAGUUAAAUCCAUGCAUAAUGAUAAAAAGGAAUCGUUAAUGUGGAUGCAUAAUACGCAACUUCGACAUGAUCUCUAUAAGGAAAUUAAAAAGCCAGGAAGAAAUUAUGAUAAUAUAUUUACCCAACUCAGUACUGUGCAGGGGCCAUCAGAAGUCAAAUGUGCUUUCCUCAAAGAGAUUAUUCAUGAAGCUGGACGUUUUAAAAAGAAAGUGCUUAUCAGAAUGCUUGAACAGUUUGAAAAUUCUUUAUUGCAAUCGGACUCUAAAAGAAGAAAUGGGACAUUUAUUAAUAAUUCUUAUUCACCUAGGUAACAGAAAGUGAUAUUUUAUUGUGAUUUUAAAAUGGCAGUGUCUUUCAUGUAUGGUUUGUCAUACAGAAUUUUAAAUCAGUGCUAAUUUUAUUACAAAACAGUCCCUUUCUUUUUCGUUCCUAUUGUUUCUUCUCUUUAUACACUAGAGUCUCUGAAGUCAAGUACCAAAAUAAAAACCACAAUUUGGUAGAAAUCCACACAAUGUCAUUGCAUUGGCUGUGCUUGUUAUUAUUUCUUUUUUUUCUCAAUGAGAGAUUGUCUAAAUAAUAGGUCAAUGGCCCAUGACCCAGCUCUUGCCACUUUUUGUUGCUCAUGAUCAUAAUGCUCUCUCAAUGUCCCCACCUUUCAGUCAUGAUCAAAACCAUAAACAAGUCCAAGUAACAAUUCUUGCCACAUCAGUUUUACUAUAGAAACACUUCUAUUUUUCUUUUAAGCAUAUUUCUGUUAUUGUCUAAAUGGCAUUGGCCAUUUUGAUUUAUUUUGAAAACAGUUGUGACAGUAAGUGGCCUCUAUAUCAAUAUCAACUUUUAUCAUUGGAAAGCAAAUUCAUUUCCGUAGUUGAAAUAAAAUUUUACACAGCUAAGUGAAGAAAAUUGGUUCCUUUGUGGAAUUUGAAAACAUAGAGAUUACGUCACAUGAGUCCUGAACAGCUUUCUUGUAAAGCUUGAAAGUUUUGGUUUAAAAAAAAUAAAAAUUGGAGAUAGUGUUUACAUACUGCUUUUGAUUGGUUUCAUUUGUUGAUACAUCUGUUCCAUGUGUUUAACUGUUAAAAAGGUUAUAUUUUUCACUUUAUUAAACACACAAAUGUGUAAUAUUAAAUAUUUUAAUGGAAUGAAUGUACCUGAAUGUGCCAGGGUUAGUAAGUGUGAACAUGCAAACACUGACAACCAAUAGGAUGCUUAACUGAAUAAGAACGAUCAAAAUUUACAUGAAAUAGACUCAAAAUUCAUGUGUUGAUGACAGUUUACAAGAGGGAUUAUUUAGUCCUUGCUGAAAAAAAUGUGUAAAACUAGUAUGAAAUUGAAAAUAUUGCAAUGAACAAAAUUACUGUUCUAUUCAAAGAAAAUUAUAAUGCAAAAUAAGUCAUCUGCAAAUAAAUAUAUAUGGGAGAGACAUAGGUAUAUAAUUUUAUGUAAUGGAGAUAUUGCAUGAAACAUUCAAAUUUUAACCUAAAUUUUUUUAGGGCUAUUCCAUUAAAAUGUAUGUGGGAGGGUAGGAAGGGACUUUCAAAAUAUCCCUACAACCAAGAACCAUUUUUUAGAUGAUUUUGCAUAAUAGUAAUAGACGCAUACUGCAAAAAGACCCAUGACCCACAUUCAAUAAUUAAACUUCCCUUCCUACCCUCCCACAUACAUUACAUUUUAAUGGAAUAGCCCUUAUGAUGAUCUUGUUAUUUACUAUCACAUGACUUCAACAACAUACUCUGGAUUAAUUUUGAUUGGUUGGUUACUUAUUUUAAACCUGGUAUUCAAAUGUUCAAUGACAUAAAAUAAAAAAAAAUCCCUAUAGGCUUGUAUGCAGAAUUUUUUAAAUAAAGGAAAUCAAGUAUCCAUGAAAA